AUGACUCUGGCGGAAAUGACACCGCCAGCUUCUUCAAACUCUCUCUUCAACCACUCGUCGUCGACGUUCCACGACAAUCUACCGACGAACAAUGUAGCUGGCUCCUCAGAGGCUUCUGGGGUUUCUUCGGUCUUUUGCUUCUUGGAAGAUGGCUCGUCUUCUGUAGAGGAAGAUUCCUCAGACUCGACCUUUCUCUUGGAAGACUUCUCGGUCUCCUUUUCGUCUUCGGACUCAGAGUCAGAGUCGGAGUCGGAGUCGGAGUCGGAAGAAGACGAAGAUGAAGACGAAGAAGAGUCGGAGUCGGAGUCGGAUUCAGAAGAAGAAGAAGAAGAAGAAGAAGAAGAGGAAGAGGAAGAAGAGGAAGACGAGGAAGAAGAUUCCUUCUUCUCUUCAACCUUUUCGACCUUUUCAACCUUCUCUUCUUCGUCCUCGGACUCAGACUCAGAAGAUGAGGAGGAAGAAGAAUCCUCGGACUCAGAAGAGGAAGACGAGGAGUCCUCAGAGUCAGAAGAAGAGUCAGACGAAGAGUCGGAAGAGGACUCGGACGAGCUGGAAGAAGAGUCGGAAGAAGAAACUUCCUUCUUGGUGACCUUAGAGGCCUUGACAGCUUUAGCAGACUUUGUGGAAGACUUGGCCAUUGUAAUUGAGUAA